AUGCACGGUAAAUGAUACUACUAGUACUAGUAAUAAAAAUCAAGCUGGUACUAUUAUAUCUGAUAGCUUUCUGCCAAGUUUGGACAAUUUUUCUACUCUAAGUCAACAUUUUAUUCCACUUAAAUCAAGCAGCUUUGAUUUGUCUACAAGUCUUGCAAAAACAAGUUCUACAGUACCUACAGUAUCUACAGUACCUACAGUAUGUCCUCAAACUUCGGAAUUCAUUGGCAAUUUUGAUAACAAUCAAAAGACGGCCAAACUUGAAGCCCCAGCCUCUAUCAACAUCGACCCAGUUAAUUUAUCGACCGCCACACCAUCAUUACCAACACUACCACUCACAACAUCCCCAUUAACAUCCCCACCAACACCAUCAACCCCAUCCGACGCCAAUAAAUCAUCGAAACGACGUCGGAAUCGGACCGCGUUCACUUAUGAACAAUUGGCCUCACUGGAGCACAAAUUCAAAUCCAAUCGAUAUCUGUCAUUGUGCGAGCGAAUGAAGUUGGCCAUGUCGUUAAACUUGUCCGAAAAUCAGGUAAUUCGUCACGCUUUUUAUUAAUUUCAAUGUUUUUUAUUCAAAUUUGACUAGGGUUUUGAUUGAUUUUGGAAAACGUUUUGUGGGAAAAAAGAUUACUGUAAGAAGUGUCAGGCAAAACUUAUUGUUUAAGAGAAAAGUAGGGUAGGUAAAAGAUGGAUAAUGCUUUAUAAGCUAAGGAAAAAUAUUUUAAGGUAGAACAAGUUUGUGUGUAAAUCAGAAUAAAAUAGGGUAUAGUAGGAUUGAGUAGAUUAAGAUAUGAGGGUAAGGCAAAAAAUGAUAGGGGGCAUAUAAUAAUAAAAGCAAGGCAAAGGCAAAAGCAAAGGCAAAGGCAAAGGCAAAGGCAAAGGCAAAGGCAAGAUGUAAAAUACGGACAUAAAAUCUGUUAAGAAAAACUUUUUUUUUAAAUUUUUUCAUUUUAGGUAAAGAUCUGGUUCCAAAACCGUCGCACAAAAUGGAAAAAGCUGAACCCAGGCCAAUCACCAUUAAGUGCUCCAACUGUUUCAGCCGAAGCUUCAGAUACAAAAAGUUCUUCAGAAUCUCCAAAAUCCGAACAUUUUCUUUACGAACCUUUGUUUGCCAAGCCUUAUAUCCACCCAUAUUAUCUUAGUGCUUUAAAUUUGUGGUCUGAUCCUAGUAAUUUAGCCAAAACGUUUGGUUUUAAGGGCGAAAAGGAUGUAAAAUGA